AUGGAGGCUCCAGGCAACAGCAAAGCUUCUGAGGAGUCUCAGACGGAGGGGGCCAAGCCCGGCGAUGAGAGGCCCAAAUGGGACAAUAAGGUCCAGUACCUGCUGACCUGUAUUGGCUUUGCUGUUGGUCUGGGCAAUGUCUGGAGAUUUCCCUACCUGUGUCAAACCUAUGGAGGAGGGGCGUUCCUGAUCCCGUACCUGAUAGCACUGCUGUUUGAGGGACUGCCUCUGCUUCACAUGGAGCUGGCCAUUGGUCAAAGGCUCCGCAUGGGCAGCAUUGGAGUGUGGAGCUCCAUCUCCCCUUACUUGGGGGGAGUGGGUUUGGCAUCAAUGACGGUGUCGUUUUUGGUGGGUUUGUUCUAUAAUACUAUCCUGGCCUGGGUUCUGUGGUAUUUCUUCCACUCAUUCCAAGAUCCUCUUCCCUGGAAGAACUGCCCUCUCAAUGCCAACCACACAGAAUAUUUGAAAGAAUGCGCUGAGAGCACAGCGGUCAACUACUUCUGGUACCGGAACACUCUGAACAUCAGUCCGAACGUUGAGAGUGGAGGGACCCUGCAGUGGUGGCUGGUCAUCUGCCUGGCCGCCGCCUGGAUCAUCGUCUACAUCUGUUUUAUCAGGGGCAUCGAGACCAUCGGGAAGGCAGUUUAUGUAACUGCAACAUUCCCAUACUUGGUCCUUACGAUUUUCCUGAUUCGGGCUUUGACGCUGCCUGGAGCUUCGGUUGGUCUGAAAUAUCUCUUCACCCCAAAAUGGCACACACUGACCAACCCGAAGAUGUGGCUGGAUGCAGCGACCCAGAUAUUUUUCUCGCUCUCUUUGGCGUUCGGAGGACUCAUCGCCUUCUCCAGUUACAACCCACAAAAGAAUAACUGUGAACGUGAUGCAUUAAUUGUUGGGUGCAUAAACAGUGCGACAUCCAUCUAUGCUUCAAUUCCCAUCUUUGCAAUUCUUGGGUUCAAAGCCAAAUCCAACUAUGAAGACUGCCUGAAUGCGAAUAUUCUGAGCCUGACUAACGCCUUUAGUAUUGGAGAUAAGAAUAUAACAAUAGAGAAUUAUCCAGAAUGGCUUGGUCAUCUAAACUCGACAGAUCCAGCUGAGGUUGCCUCUCUCAAUCUGAAGACCUGUAAUCUUGAAAACUUCCUCGAUGAGAGUGCCUCGGGCACUGGUCUGGCCUUCAUUGUGUUUACAGAGGCUGUGAUUAAGAUGCCAGGAUCUCAGGUCUGGGCCAUACUCUUCUUCAUCAUGCUCUUCAGCCUUGGCCUGUCCUCCAUGUUUGGGAACUUGGAGGGCGUCCUCACUCCUCUUCUGGACCUCCACAUGGUGCCCAAAUGGAUGCCCAAAGAGGUUUUCACAGGUUUGAUGUGUGCGGUCUCCUUCUCAGUGGCCCUGAUCUUUACUCUGAGGUCUGGAAACUACUGGUUAGAGAUAUUUAAUAACUACGUGGGGUCGGUGCCUCUCCUGGUCAUUGCUUUCUUCGAGAUCACCGCGGUGGUUUACGUGUAUGGUAUUAACAGGUUCAGCGACGAUAUUGCAUGGAUGACAGGCCGAAGACCUAACUUGUACUGGCAGGCGACGUGGAGAGUCAUCAGCCCUCUCAUGCUGCUGGUGGUUUUUCUGGCCUACGUGGUCGUCCAGGCACGGGAGACACCCAGUUACACCGCGUGGAACCCAAACUAUGAGGAGUUUCCAAAGCAGGAGACGUUGGAGUAUCCUGGCUGGGUCUUUGCCAUCUGUGUCCUGCUGGCAGCUGUUCCGUGCCUGCUCAUUCCUCUGGUCUCGCUGUACAGAUUCAUUCAGUUCCUGCGAAUACGCCUGGCCCGCAAACGCAUGCCAAACCCCUACGAGAAUGAGCGCCACAUCCCUGAAAUGUAG